GAGUGAAAUAGUUACGUUUUGCAACCCUCCAUGAAAUUUCUAUUCACUCUUCUAAAACCCUAAUUCUCUCCUUCUUUCCCUCCUCCUCAAAAACCAUAAAAAGUCUCUCGAUUGGGUGGUAAGCAUGGAGAAAUCCGGAAGAGGCAUCGAGGUUGAUGACCAUGAACCAAUCGAAGAAGAAACGGCAGAGCUUGACGAUGGAGAAGAAGCCUCUCAGAGCUUUCUCCAAUUAGGAGAUUGUUCGGACGUCUGCAAAGCCAUCAUGGAACGCUAUGCGCGCUCCUCCGCCCCUCAGCAUCGCCACCUUUGUGCUUCGGCUGCCGCAAUGAGAUCCAUCCUCCUAGAUGAGGGCCUUCCACUCACACCUCCUGCCUAUUUCGCCGCCGCCAUCACUGCCUUUCUUGAUUCCGACUCUGAUUCCACUGCCGCCCUUUCUGCAUUCAUUGCUAUUCUUAUUCCUCACAUCUCUGCGGAGUCUCUGACGCCGGUGAAAGCUGGAGAAGCUGUCGUUGUUCUUGUGGAGUUUCUCAAGGACCCUCCGAGCGGUAUGGCUACUGGGACUGUUCGGUCUGUUAUUAAGUCAUUGGGUUUCUUGGCUUUGCGCGUUGAUUUAGAGGACUGGAAUGCUGUUCAAUUGCCACUUGAUACUCUGCUAGCAUUCUCCAUGGACAAGCGUCCCAAGGUUCGUAGGUGUGCUCAAGUAUGUGUUGAGAAGUUAGUUAAGACAUUUCAAUCUUCUUCUGUAACAAAAAUGGCAAGCAAGGCUGUGCUCUAUGUAUAUAAUAGUUGCAUUGUUUUGGCAAAAGAACAAAAUCUCUUUAAACCAGAUGUACCUCGAAAUAGACUGGUGUCAGAAACUGGGCAAAUGAAAAUUCUUCACUUGCUUACUGUCUUGAAACAAAUCAUUCCUUAUCUUUCUAGGAGGGUUAAUGCAAAAAUCUUGGCAGAUGUUUAUAGUCACUUAGCUUGUCAUUUUACAUUCUUCACAAGGCAUAUCCUUAGCGUCCUUGAGGCACUGGUGGAACAUUGUAAAGUUGAUGUUCUUGUCCACCAAUCGCAGGACAUUAUAUCUUCUCUUACAUUAUAUUUAUCUGUUGGCAAGAAGAACCCUGUUGGUACUGUUAUUUCUGCAUCAACUUUAUUGCGUAAUCUUCUGCGGAAGCUUCAUGAUACAGAAUCAAACAUGUUUAUGAAAAAUCUUCCCGUAGUGGUCACCUCCAUUGCAGGUUUUUUAAAUUCUGAUGCCAACACAUCGAAGCAUGCUGCUGGAUUAUUGCAAGAUUUGUUUAACUGUCUUCUUGAUGAGAGAGUCUUACAGCUUUUUGCAAGCCAUUCAAGUGAUAAUGGGAGAGACAGUUCACUUGAGAUGAUUGCUAUUACUUCUGCCUGUACUAUGUUGGACAAAAUGUUCACCUCCUUCAGUUUUCCUUCUGAGCAUGCGUUAGCAGUUAUUGCAUUUUUGUUUCUCAAACUUGGGGAGUCAUCAUAUUUCUUCAUGAAGGACAUUUUGCUCAAACUAUCACAGUUGACUAUGAAUGAAAAUGAAGAUCUUCCUAAUAUGAAGCAUCUUCAGGAAUGUAUAGGGGCUGCCGUGGUUGCUAUGGGACCAGAGAGGUUACUUUCUCUGAUGCCCAUAUCUCUGGAUAAAGGAAACUUGACUUGUUCAAAUACCUGGCUAAUAGCCAUCUUGAAGAAAUUUGUAAUAGGAGCAUCUUUGCAAUUUUUUAUUGAGCAUGUUGUACCCCUCGCAAGAUCUCUCCGGAAAGCCUAUGAUAAAGCUAAGAAAAAAAGAUUGCUCCAAAAUUUGAAAUCUUGCUCACGUGAUCUGUGGGAUCUCCUACCUGCUUUCUGCCGUUAUCCGACUGAUACGUCUCAAAGUUUGGCAUCCUUGUGUAAGAUACUAAUAGUUGCCAUGAAGGAAGAUCCAUCUAAGCAUGAAACAGUGGCUAUUGCUUUGCAGGAGCUUGUGAAUGGAAACAGAAGCAUACUCAAAGAUAACCAACAUGCAAAGCAAGGCUCAUACUUUUCUAUUUGUGCUGUUCUAGAAUUUGUUAAUAUUGAUCUCGCAAGCUUGCCAUUGGAUUUAUCCAAAAAAUCAGCAUCUAGGAACAUUGAGGCAUUGGGUGCUAGUUCAAUUGAUUUCAUUCAGAUUCUGACGGACAUAUUCUUUGAUUCUCCUCCAGAAAAGCGUACUUACAUUAAGGAAGCAAUUAGAUGUUUGUCUUAUGUUACUGAGAAUGCAUCCAUGAAAAAUUUCUUCGUGUUAUUGCUGGAGAAACUUGACUCACUGGUUAAAAAAAGUGUAAUCGGGUCUGAACCAUCAGUUGGCCAUGCUCAAGUUAGUGAUAAGAAGGAAGAUGCAAGGAUGGCAGUUGAACAGAAAUGUGAGAAAACAAGGUGUCUGGUUAUGGAGCUUGCACCGGCUUUUGUUGAAGCAGCUGAUGAAGACCUGAUUAUUAUAAUAUUUGAUUAUAUUAGAUCUUCUUUAUCUGCUAUUGAUGAGCCUAGUCAGUGCAAGGCUUACUAUGCUUUAAGUACAAUAUUGAAGGAGCACAGUUGGUUUUGCUCAACUCGGACUGAUGAUCUAAUUGACCUGCUUCUCAGCAUAAAGGGACCUGCUGAUCAUGAAGUUCUGAAAAAUCGUUUCUUGUGCUUCCAUUAUUUACUAUUCAAUCUACUGAAGGGCAAGGAGGAGAAAACAUAUAUGAAAGCAUUUUUAGUUCUAAAUGAGAUCAUACUCACACUGAAGUCUAAGAAAGAAUCAAGAAAGUUGGCAUAUGAUCUUCUUCUUAAUAUAAGUGCUAGCUUGAAGAAUUCAGAGUCUUCCAUUGAAGAAUCAAAUCUUGAGAGACUAUUUUAUAUGGUAAUGGGCUAUCUUUCAAGUUCAUCUCCUCAUAUAAUGAGUGGAGCAGUUUCUGCACUUUCAUUGCUUAUAUACAACAAUCCUUUGUUCUGUCUUACGGUGCCAAACCUGGUUACAUCAGUUCUGGCUUUACUUGAAAACAAAGACAAUGAAGUUAUAAAAGCAACAUUGGGAUUCAUCAAAGUUUUGGUAUCAUCUUUACAAUCCAAUGACCUACUGGAAAUCCUUCCUGAUAUUGUCACUGCGAUAUUGCCAUGGUCAUCAGUUUCAAAGCAUCACUUCAGAUCAAAGGUUGGGAUCAUCCUUGAAAUUUUGAUGAGAAAAUGUGGGUAUGAUGCUAUUGAUGCAAUAGCCCCUGCAAAAUACAAGGGCUUUGUUAAAAAUAUUACUGAGGCACGGGAAAGCAGGAAGAAUCCUAAGGAAAUUGCCAAAUCAGACACACCUCAAGAAUCAACUGAUUCCAAAGCAGAUAGAGGGAAAAGGUUACGUGCAGACACACCCAGGUCAUUCGAGAAGCAAUCAGGAGCACGUAAAAUCCAAAAGGUCAAGCCAAGGAAAAAACAUCAAACAGCAAACUCCGGUGCUACCAACUCCAAUCCUGCUGCGGCUAAAAGUAGAAAAAGUGAAUCAUUGGAUAGAGGUGACUCUUCUGUUUCUGAGAUUCGUUUUGGAGGAAAAAGAUCUGGCUUGAACAAGAACAAGAGGGGAAACCCCAAUGAGAAACCUAGGCAAAAAUACAACAAUAAGCGAAAGAUCAAUCACGGUAAUCUUAACGGCGCUGUGACUUCCCCUAUUUUGUCUCAAGAACCUAACAAGCGUAGGAAACUAAAGCAUCCUAGAAGCAAAGGUAGGGCUUUUAAAAAGGUCGAAAGGAUAAGUCAGAGCUAACGAUUUUCUUCGUGAGCAUAUGAGGACAUGCUCUUAAGAAGCUUUCAGAUGGUUCUUCGAUGCAAAAAAACCUAAAAAUGGUGCAGAGAAAUGUUCCACAAAUUCAGAAAAUGCAGUACAGAUUUUCGGCAUUUGGAAAUGACAUGCAUGACUUCGUCUCUUGGUUGCGCGCUCUCAUUUAUAUUUUGUGGUUAUAUCACUGAGGAAUGUAUUACUGUCUGAGCCUUAAGAGAUUCUGUGGUAAUAUUUUAUCAUUGUUAGGCCACUGGUUCUUAAAAUCAUCUGGUUUUGUAAUGAGUACUUAGCUCUUUGCAGAGUAAUUUGCAAGUGUUCUAAAAUGUUUAUGA